GUUAUACCUUUUACUUGUAUUAUCCACCAGGAAUUUUAAUCAAAGACUUAUUAAACAUUUUAUAAUGAUAAGUCUCUAAGAUGUCCUUAUCCGUGAAAGAUUUGGAUGCUUGGAUUGAAAAGUUGUAUAGGUGUGAAUUUCUAAGUGAAGAUCAGGUUAAAACACUUUGCGAAAAAGCAAAAGAAAUUUUUAUUACCGAGUCCAACGUACAAACUGUUUGCUGCCCGGUCACGGUAUGUGGCGAUGUACAUGGCCAAUUUCAAGAUCUUAUCGAGCUAUUUAGAAUUGGUGGUGAUAGUCCUGAUACUAACUAUCUAUUUAUGGGUGAUUACGUAGAUAGGGGAUAUUACUCUGUGGAAACUGUCAGUCUUCUAAUUUGCUUAAAAGUAAGGUAUAAAGAUCGCAUUACCAUAUUGAGAGGCAACCACGAAAGCAGACAAAUUACACAAGUUUACGGUUUCUAUGACGAAUGUACAAAAAAGUACGCCAACACCAACGUUUGGAAAUACUUUACUGAUUUAUUUGACUAUUUGCCUUUGACUGCCUUAAUAGAAAAUCAGAUUUUUUCCUUACACGGAGGACUUUCGCCUUCUAUUGACACUCUAGACCACGUUCGGGCACUGGACCGCAUACAAGAGGUUCCUCACGAGGGGCCCAUGUGCGAUCUUCUUUGGAGUGAUCCUGACGACCGCUGUGGCUGGGGCAUGUCUCCACGUGGCGCCGGCUAUACGUUUGGCCAAGACAUUUCAGAGCAGUUUAAUCACCACAACGGCCUCACCUUAAUUGCCCGGGCGCACCAGCUCGUUAUGGAGGGCUACAACUGGAUUCACAGCAAACAUGUCGCCACUAUAUUCAGCGCGCCUAACUACUGCUACCGCUGCGGUAAUCAGGCUGCUAUAAUGGAACUGGACGACACUCUCAAGUAUACGUGCCUUCAAUUUGAUCCUGCGCCGCGUAAGGGCGAGCCAGAGGUAGCGCGACGGACCCCAGAUUACUUUCUUUAAAUCUUUGCAAGUAUUCAUUUCUUGAAUUUAAAAAAAAACAUUGUGCCAUUUAUGAGCCAACCCUGUCAAGCCCGCUAUACAAUAAUUUACGCUGCAUCUUGUAUAGGAUUACAUCCCCGCAGUGUUAAUAUUUAUGUCUUUCGUA